ACCACGCCAAAGAAGGAUCAAGAACUCCAAUGAGAAAGUGCAGGAGUGACUUCCUCCAGCCCGACCUGCCCUGGCAGCCUGGUGGGAUUUGUCUAUGGCCAGGCUGAACAGGGAAGGGAAUAAGCACCUGUAAAGUGCCUACUAUGUGCAAGACACUGCACUGAGCCAGUGGCUACUCUGUGCCAGGCAUUGUGCUAAGUGCUUUAGUCCUGUCUCAUUUGAUCCUACAACCACCUAGGAGUUAUGGGAUUAUCUCCAUUUUGUAGUUGAGGAAACUGAGGCAGAGCUUGUCCAUGCUCACACAGUUAGUGCUCAUCUUUUUGAUUCCAGACCCAGCACUGUGUCCACUGAGCCAGCAGCCUCUCGGUAUCAGCCCAGGGUAAUGAGAGAAGCUCUGGGAAGACAUGGAUUCUAUGAGGUUUUGUGUUUGAAGCCAGCAAGAACAGGAAACUCCCCAAAGAAAGCCCCAGAGCAGGGGUUCUGAGAAUCAGGAAGAGGUAGCAGCCAGUAUGGGGGCAUCACACUCAGGAAGGCUGUGCUGAGGUACCAGAGAGUACCCCGAAGGUCAGCCCAGAAACCUGGGAAACGCCUAAGUUUGACUAUCCCUCGUAAGGAACUGAGCCUGGCUUGGACAAACUAAAUUAAAGGAACUGAAGAGAUGAGAAGCGAAGAAAACACUAAUUUUUUUUUUUUUAAGUGCUUUAGAUCUAGAAAGGAGAGAAUGACUUCAUAACAAUUACAAGCAGAGGCUCAGAGAAAAAAAUGGAAUUUUACAAGGCCUACAUGAAUGCUGAGAAAAAAUAAAAUGAAAUACAAAAUGAAAUCAGUGUUGGAGGAAAGAAUUGGAAGAAAACAGCCUAGAAUAGAGUGCAAUGACCCAAGAAAUGGACUGAAAUGAAAGAAAUGAAAACUAGAAAAGAAACCAAAGACUCCAGGAAAGAUUAUAUUAAAAUCAAAAUAUUUUUAAAAUAAAAUUUAAUAUACUUGCUAUUAAAAAAAAAAAACUAACCUGCAAAAUGGAUCAAGGAUGAUUUAUAAAUGAAAAUUUCCUAUUUGAUCUAUUAGUUCUGACCUAUUUAAAAAAAUGGUUAUAUAUAGAUAGGACAAAUCCACCAAGUUGUGAACUGAUCUGAUCAAUCUGGAGAACAAUUUGGAACUAUGCCCAAAGGGCUGUCAAACUACAUACCUUUGAGCAAUGUCCCAACUGGUACUGUAUCCCAAAGAGAUCAUAAAACAGGGAAAAGGACCUACAUGUGCAAAAAUGUUUGUGGUGGCCCUUUUUUUAGUGGCUGAAAACUAGGUGGAUGCCCAUCAGCUGGGGAGUGAUUGAAUCAGUAAUAGUAUUUGAAUGUUGUGAAAUAGUGUUGUUCUAUAAAAAAUGAUCAGCAGGAUGAUUUUGGAGAAGGCUGGAGAGACUCACAUGAACUGCUGCUGAAUGAAGUGGAGAGAACUAGGAGAUCAUUGUACAUGGCAACAGCAGAUUAUACAAUGAUCAUAUUCUGAUACAUGUGGCUCUUUUCAACUUUGAGGUGAUUCAGGCCAGCUCCAAUGGUCUUUUGAUGAAGAGAGCCAUCUGCACCCAGAAAGAACUGUGGGAACUGAGUGUGGCUCACAGCAUAGCAUUUUCACUCUUUUUCUUGUUGUAUGCUUGCAUUUUGUUUUCUGUUUCAUUUUUUUUCCCUUUUGAUCUGAUUUUUCUUGUGCAGCAUGAUAAUUGUGGAAACAUAGAAAAAUUGCAUGUUUAACAUAUAUUAGAUUACUUGUCAUCUAGGUGUCUCACCACCUGGUCAUGAGUUAGUGAGAGGAAGGGAGGGAAAAAAUUUGGAAUGCCAAGUUUUACAAGAGUGAAUGUUGAAAAUUAUCUAUGCACAUGUUUUGAAAAUUAAAAGCUUUAAUAAAAAGAUUAAAAAAAGAUUCCACCAAAAUCAAAAGUCCCAGGAAUAUUUUAAUCUAAAUCUAAAAGUCAAAGAAAAAAGACUGCAAACAUCUGGAAAGAAGAUGUGUGUGUCAUAAGGUACUACAGUCAGGAUGACUCAAAACCUGAAAGCUUUUAUGAUAAAUGCAAAGAGAUGCUGGAAUAAAAGAUUCCAAAAAGCAGAAGAAAAAUACAAUUAGAAACCAAGAAUAGCUCAUUCUGAAAAGCUAAGUUUAAUCUUAAAGGUGAAAAAAAAUUUUAAAUGGCUCUUUAAUGGAAUAUUGGACUUUCAGACAUAUCCAAUGAAAAGACCACAGUUGGGCCGAAACUCUGAAAUGCAAACACAUGCGAAGAAAUUUAGAAAAGGUAAAUUUGACUGAGCAAUUGGAAGGAGCAGUAAAAUGAUGUGGUGCUAACAUUGAAAUCUUGCUGGAGUUGAAGCGGAUAGUGAAAGUAUUAAAGGGUAUUGUGGGAGGGGCUAGGCGUGGCUUCUUUACUCUGAGAGUUUGAAAACAGAAACAAGAAGGGAGGGUAAGAGGAAUAGAGAAAAAUAGAGAAGAAGAAGGGGGAGAAAACCAAUAUUCCUCAUCAAUGGAAUACAUGAGUAGACAAGAUUACCAAGAGAGCUGAGAAGGAGCAAGCAUCAGAUGGCAGAAAAGACCCUCAAAGGAGAGCUGAACGAACACACACAGUUCGCUGUAGAAACGAAACAAAACGAGUUUAGCAGGAAAUAAAGAGGAUGGGUUUGGAAAGUAAAGGAGUUCUAUGCAGGAGUGGGGAGGAUACUUUAUGUCACUUUCUAGACAAUCAGGGAAUGCCUGAACCAAGGGUAAUGAGUGCCUACCAUGUGCCAGGCACUGCGCUAAGUACUUCACAAAUAUCAUCUCACUUUAUCUUUACAAAUAUCUUGGGAGGUAGGGGCUAUUAUCCCUGUUUUAUAGAUGGGGAAACAGGCAGAAAGGCAGAGGUUAAGCGCUUGCCCAGAGCCACCUAUCUAGCGUCCGAAGCUGGAUUUGAACUCUGGUUUUCCUAACUUUGGUCCACCAUGGCAUCACCCAGCUGCAUAAUGGAGGUCUGGCACACACUGGCUUGUUCAGUUGGUGUGACCUCUCCCCAUGGAAGAUCUUAGGGAACUUGCUUCUGGGAGAGUCCCAAGGAUGAGUUCUGGAGAAACACAUCGUAGCAAGCACAGACAUUGUGUGGUUGGCGAGGCGGAGACCCCUGACUUGUUUGGGAGAGACUCAAAAGGUCUGUCAGCACCAGCUACUUCCCCUUUUGCCUCAGUCAUCCUUCGGGGUUCCCAGGGAGAUUCCUGUGACUCUAAAAAAUAGACUUUGACCUUUGAUGGUGGUGGUUAUUUCCUGUUUUAGAUGAAGGCAAUGGCAUCUGCUGCUACCCUGGGACUUUUGAAAGAUUAGGAGAUUGAGCCAGAAAAAUCCCAGAGUCUGAAUCUAGGUCAAGAUUUUGCAGUCAGCACAGACGUGAUAUCCUUAAAGAGCAACCUUUGGGAAUGAUGAUUAGGGUCCCAGCCCAAGAAUGGCUGAGACUGAGACUUGAGACUCCUGGUGGAGAUGCUGCGCAGGGACGUGAGCUUUGGACUGCUGCUCUGAAGGAAGUCAGGCAAAUCUUAAGGCUAUAAUCCCCUAGACCAUGUGGGAACCUUGAAGGUUCUCUCCUAAGAGAGGACUCCAGAGCACACUCACUCUAAGACUUACAUUAUUUUUAAAAGAAAUAUAUUUUAUUUUCCACCAAUAACAUGUCAAAGCAAUUUUUAACAGUCUUUUCCCCUAACAUUUUGAGUUCCAAAUUCUAUCACUCCCUUCUUCCCUUUUCCUCCUCUCUUCUCCCUGAGAAAGUAAUCACAUAUAUGUUAUAUUUGUAAAUCAUGAAAAACAUUUCCAUAUUAGUCAUUUUGUACAAGAAGGCUCAAAUUAAAAAAAAAGAAAGUGAAGAAACAGAAAGCGUCAGUCUGUAGUCAGUGAAUAUUAGUUUUUUCUCUAGAGCAUGCUCCAUCAUGAAACCUUUGGGAUCGUUUUGGAUCACUAUAUUGCUAAGAAUAGCUAAGUCAUUCACCAUUCCUCCUUGCACAAUCCUGCUGUUGCUGUCUACAACAAGGUCCUGGUUCUGCUCACAUCAUUUUGCAUCAGUUCAUGUAAGUCUUUCCAGGUUUUCCAAAAUCAUCCUGCUUGUUAUUUCUUAUGGUACAAUAAUAUUCCAUUACAAUCAUAUCCCUCAGCUUGUUCAGCCAUUGCCCCAUUGAAGGGCACUCCUUUGAUGUCCAAUUCUUCAUCACUGUAUGCAGGCGCGCACGCACACACACCCCCCAAAACAAAAUUGCUAUCCUAUGUUGGUACAAAUAGGCAAACAGGGCUUUCCCUCUUCUUUUUUUCUUGUCUUUAGGCUAUAGACCUAGCAGAGGUACUGCUGGAUCAAAGGAUGUGCACAGUUAUAUAGCCCUUUGGGCUGAGUCCCAAAUUGCUCUCCAGAAUGCUUGGAUCAGUUCACAGUUUCACUAAUAAUGCCUUAGCAUCCCAGUUUUCCCACUUUCCCUCAAACAUCCAUCAUUUCCCAUUUUUUUGAGUUAUCAGAGUGGCUAAUAUAACAAAAAAACAUAAAUUUGACACCUUUUUAAAAAUAUAUUUGAGAAAAGAAGCUUUUAUUAGAGAUAAUUGUUGCAAAUCCCUGCAACCCCAGCUUCUGCUUUCAUUUUAAUUUUGCUUGUUUGUGUAAAAAAACCUUUUCAAUUUUACAUAACCAAAAUUUUGCGUUUUGUGAUGGUCUCUAUAUUUUCUUAGGUUGUAAAAUUUACCCUUAUCCACAGAUCUGAACUACUCCAGGUUCUCCUAAUUUGCUCAUGGUAUCAUCUUUUAUGUAGAAAUAAUGUGCCCAUUUUGGCUUUAUCAUGGUAUAUGGUGAAAUGUCUCUCUAUAUCUAGCUUCUUCCAUCCUGUUAUCCAGUUUUCCCAGCAGUUUUUGUGAAAUGAGUUUUUGUUCCAAAAAUUUGUAGCUUUGGCUUUAUCAUAUACUAGAUCCCUGUGGUCCUUUAUUAUAAUUUGUACCCAGUUUGAUCCACCACCAUUGUUCUGCCAUUCUACUUCUUAGCCAGUCCCAGAUUGUUUUAAAGGCUUACACUAUUAUGGGUUACAGCAGAGGUUCUAGGGGGAGCCAUCCAGUCAGAAGAGAUGCUGUGUAUUUCUUUUCUACUUGUAACCCCAGGGCUCAUCACCAUGCUUUGCACAGUCGAUGCUUAACAAAUGCUCCAUUCAUUUAUGAAAAAAAAUGCACAGAGGGGGAGGAAGUUCAGAAAGACGCGCAAACAAGCAGGGCAGUUUUGAAAAUAAUGGGCAGCAUUUAUUAUAAUUAAAAAUCGGUAGCGUGAAAUUUAGAUUCAUACUUUUCAUAGAGAAUCUAUUUUCCGUAUUCUGCUGUGUGUAGUGUUUAAGUUCAGAAAAAAAAUAAGUUAAUAGAGUAUUUAAGUAACCUAUAUUUUGAUUAACUAUGUGAAUCAGACUUGUGGGUGUGCUGUGGUGUCCUGUAAUGCACAGGUUUGGCUUCUUUGGUUUAAUUGUGUCACCUCACAGCCUCAUUUUUCACCCCCAGUGGGUCUCAUUAUGAUCCCACAGAACAUUGAAGAGUUUCCUAUCCGCGUGGAAGCAGGUCUUCAGCCGAGGGCCUGGGGAUGUGCGCAAAGCUGUCUGUCCCACAUUUUUAUCCAUGACUUGGUAAAAGGUGUACAUGACAUCCCUGCCAUACCUGCUGCUUUCCCAAUGCUGGGAGGGAGGCCGGCAAAACUGCCCCCACGAUGGCAUCAGGGCCCACAUUCGGCCCUCUCUUUUUCAAUGAUUAUUCUCCUCCUGGUCCUGGGCUGGCGAGGGUUCAGGAAGGGAAAAGAGAAGUACGCAGGGAGCACACUUACAGGUGGCAGGGAGCACACUUACAGGUGGCAGGGAGCACACUUACAUAUGGCAGGGAGCACUUACACAUGGCAGGGAGCACACUUACACGUGGCAGGGAGCACACUUACAUGGCAGGGAGCACACUUACACAUGGCAGGGAGCACACUUACAUGGCAGGGAGCACACUUACAUGUGGCAAGGAGCACACUUACACAUGGCAGGGAGCACACUUACACGUGGCAGGGAGCACACUUACACGUGGCAGGGAGCACACUUACAUGGCAGGGAGCACACUUACACGUGGCAAGGAGCACACUUACACAUGGCAGGGAGCACACUUACAUGGCAGGGAGCACACUUACACAUGGCAGGGAACACAUUUACACGUGGCAGGGAGCACACUUACACAUGGCAGGGAGCACACUUAUACGUGGCAGGGAGCACACUUACAUGGCAGGGAGCACACUUACAUGGCAGGGAGCACACUUACACAUGGCAGGGAACACAUUUACACGUGGCAGGGAGCACACUUACACGUGGCAGGGAGCACACUUACACGUGGCAGGGAGCACACUUACACAUGGCAGGGAGCACACUUACACGUGGCAGGGAGCACACUUACAUGGCAGGGAGCACACUUACAUGGCAGGGAGCACACUUACACAUGGCAGGGAACACAUUUACACGUGGCAGGGAGCACACUUACACGUGGCAGGGAGCACACUUACACGUGGCAGGGAGCACACUUACACGUGGCAGGGAGCACACUUACAUGGCAGGGAGCACACUUACAUGGCAGGGAGCACACUUACAUGUGGCAAGGAGCACACUUACACAUGGCAGGGAACACUUUUACACGUGGCAGGGAGCACACUUACAUGGCAGGGAGCACACUUACACAUGGCAGGGAACACAUUUACACGUGGCAGGGAGCACACUUACACGUGGCAGGGAGCACACUUACACGUGGCAGGGAGCACACUUACAUGGCAGGGAGCACACUUACACGUGGCAGGGAGCACACUUACACGUGGCAAGGAGCACACUUACACAUGGCAGGGAGCACACUUACAUGGCAGGGAGCACACUUACAUGUGGCAAGGAGCACACUUACACAUGGCAGGGAACACUUUUACACGUGGCAGGGAGCACACUUACAUGUGGCAAGGAGCACACUUACACAUGGCAGGGAACACAUUUACACGUGGCAGGGAGCACACUUACACGUGGCAGGGAGCACACUUACAUGGCAGGGAGCACACUUACACGUGGCAGGGAGCACACUUACAUGGCAGGGAGCACACUUACACGUGGUGGGAAGCUAUGCAAUUAGACAGAGGGCCGGGGCUGCUGCCUCUUUUCCCUUCCGCUGCACUUCCUGACUGCCAUGGGCAUGGCAGCUUGCAAGGGGCCGCGGUCCUGGGUUUGUCACGAGGCAGGUUCCCAGGAGCCAAAAGCAGUUUAGGAGGUGACUCACCCCUGGAGCAGACAUGAGGUCCAGACUUCACAAGGGAGGAUCCUAAGCCCUGAGACUGACGGCUAAUGGUGACUCCCACUGGACGGGUUUUUGGAGGCCUUCCGUGGCACCAGAGCAGAGACCGUCCGUGGCACCAGAGCAGAGACCGUCCGUGGCAUCAGAGCAGAGGCUGUCCAUGGCACCAGAGUGGAGGCUGUCCGUGGCACCAGAGCAGAGGCCGUCCGUGGCACCAGAGCAGAGACCGUCCGUGGCAUCAGAGCAGAGGCCGUCCAUGGCACCAGAGCAGAGACCGUCCAUGGCACCAGAGUGGAGGCUGUCCGUGGCACCAGAGCAGAGACCGUCCGUGGCACCAUGGCUUUAGAGUGAAGGCCGUCUGUGGCACCAGAGCGGAGGCCAUCCGUGGCAUCACAGUGGAAGUUUUUUUCUGUUUUUUAUUUUGUUUUAUUAUGUUUUAAGAAUGCUUAUCAAUAACAACAACAUCUGGCAUUUUUAUAGCACUUACUAUGUGCCAGACAUUGUGCUAAGUAUUUUAUAGAUACCGUCUCAUCUGAUCAAACCUCUUCUUCCUAUUUGGCUAGGAAAUGUUCAUUUUUUUAAAGCUGCCUUAGGUUGAGGGGUUCUUUACAUCAGUGAUAUCAAACUCACUGGCCCACUAAUCCACACAGCAGGAUUUCUUCAGGCUGUUUGAGUUUUUAAAUGUAAUAGUAUUUGCUUUGUUGAAUUUUUAUAUUGUUAAAUAUUUUCAAAUUUCACUUAAGGUUUUUUCCUGAAUCACACUUUAAUCUGAUUCUGGAGGUUGUGGCUGAGGGCUACAUGUUUGAAAUCUCUCCUGUGUAUCACUGAUAGUGUUUUGUUAGGAUACUUUACAAAUCUGUUAUGGUCCCUUUUAGAGUUAUUAUUGAUAUCAAUAUUAAUACAAAUCCAUCACUUCAGUAAAUGCCUUUUCUUUGA